GAGAGAACCAAACACCGUCCACUUCUUAACCCUAUCCCUGCUCUGCAUCGCUUCCAAUCUUCUCCGCCACACAUUCCCUCCUUCAAUUACACUCCUAGAUUCUUGUUCUUCUUCAAUUUCUUCCAUUAAUCCAAUCCCUCUUUCAAUUUGGACUCUCCCCCAUGAUACCCCUCCUUCCCUUUUGAUUCCAUUCCUCUCAUUUCUCCACAGCAAUGGCCAUUCCUUAUCUCCCAAAUUUCAUGGGGUCCGACACCCCCCCCAUGGCCGCCGCUCUUCUUCUUCCUUCUUCCGUCCCCCUCUCCCAGCCCAUUUUCUCUCAGGACGAUUACAAAAAGGCUGCCGCCUACAAGGCCGUCGAGUUUGUUCAAUCCGGUAUGGUUCUCGGCCUCGGAACCGGCUCCACAGCCAAGCACGCCGUCGACCGGAUUGCCGAACUUCUCCGACAGGGGACUCUCAAGGACAUCGUCGGAAUACCCACCUCCAAGAAAACCUACGACCAAGCCUUUUCCUUAGGAAUCCCUUUGUCCGAUCUCGAUUCGCAUCCCGUCAUCGAUCUCGCCAUCGACGGCGCCGACGAGGUCGAUCCCCAUCUCAAUUUGGUGAAAGGCAGAGGCGGUUCCCUCCUCCGUGAGAAAAUGGUGGAAUGUGUUUGUAAAAAGUUCAUAGUCAUCGUCGACGAAUCCAAACUCGUUGAGUACAUCGGUGGAAGUGGGCUCGCAAUGCCUGUUGAGGUUGUGCCGUAUUGCUGGAAAUUCACGGCCGUUCGCCUUCAGAAUCUCUUUGAAGACACCGAUUGCGUCGCGAAGCUUCGGGCUGUCGGAGACGAUGGUGAGCCCUAUGUGACGGACAAUGGGAACUACAUUGUGGAUUUGUAUUUCAAGAAAGCUAUCGGCGAUUUGAAGGUGGCGAGUGACAGAAUCUUGCGGCUGGCUGGAGUGGUGGAACACGGUAUGUUUCUUGACAUGGCUACCACCGUGAUUGUUGCAGGGGAGCUAGGGAUUACAAUAAAGAACAAGGAAUUAGAUCAAUAGGAACCCACAAAGGGUCUAAGCUUAGAUUGAAUCAAAACGUGAUAGAAUUUUAGAAAUCUGGAUAAUUUGUUGUAGUAGAAGAGAUUUGGGUUUCAUAGAUGAAUGAAUCCCUUUGAUUACAUAAUCUUGAAACAGAGAGUCACAAUCAAAGAGGGUCACUGUGGGUUUGAGAGAUUAGUUGAGCUGAGUUAUUCAAUUUAGGAACAGGGGCAGUCUAAUGUUUGAAUGUUUGUCAUGUCAUGUCAUGUUGUCUUUCAAUACUAAUAACUUAUAGAAUCUGCCCAUUUUCUCUCA